GAAAGCGCUACCUCGAUUCAGGAGGGACGUUAUCCGAUCUUCCUGUAACGACAAGAAGGAGGCUGCUUCAAGCUCAGUCGUCUGUCUCCGCGCCUACCGACGCAGCGUCUGUCGAUCUGACGACCAGCAGGAAUCAAACCGACUCCGACGAUGGCCCGGCAAACGACGUGUCAAAGCAAAUUGAUGAACGAGACGAUGGCACAGGCACAGAAGACACUGCUGAACCCGACCACGUUCAGGACACUGCUGAACCUGACUACGUUCAGGAUGCAGACGAGCUUAGUGCCGACGACUUACUGGUGUUGGUGAUGAACUUCGUCAUUGAGUUUGGACUGUCAUGGAAAGCAGCAGAAGCUCUCCAGAAGUUGUUAAUGCAAGUUCUACAAAGAAGUGACCUACCAGCAUCAAAGUUUCUUUUCAAGAAAAGCAUGGGUGUUAGCGUAGAGGCAGCGAAAUUUCACUUUACUGCAAGGAGUGCAUGAUACUUCUUGCGGAAACAUCCGGCAGCCUACGUGAAAGGAAUGCAGUUGAGGGUGUCUGUCCGAGCUGCAGUGAGGAGUAUAGCGGCAAGAAAAUGCUGCUUGAUGGACACUUUUUUUUGAGCUUGCCGAUUCAGCAGCAACUUUCAUCAUUCCUUGCAGCGAAGGAUAUUUCUUCUGCCAUCUUCGAACGGCUGAAAAGCAUAGAGAGGAGUCGGCAGAGCGUCACGGGUGAAAUGUCUGACAUCAGUGAAGGAAAUGAAUAUAAAGCUUUGCGGCAGAGACUGGGCAAGCAUGACCUAACACUGACUAUCAGCUCUGAUGGCAGCCCUGUGUUUAAGUCGUCGAAGUACUCAGUAUGGCCAGUGCAAGUGAUGGUAAACGAGCUGCCACCACAUCUCCGUCACAAGAAUGUGCUAGUGGCUAUGCUUUGGUACGGACAAACACACCCGGAGAUGACAUUGCUGCUCAACAGAUUUGUACUCCAAAUAAGAGAAUGUGCACCUCAUGGUUUGACCUGGAAGGCUGGCACGACCAUCAUUCAGUCACAGAUUUGCUGCUUCAGCUGCUGUGCUGAUGCCCCUGCCAGGGCAUUGAUGCAAAAUAUGGUUCAAUUUAAUGGAUACUUUGGUUGUGGUUGGUGCUUACACAAAGGAACCCAUGUUGACGGUGAGUAACUUUCUUUGUAACAGACAUGGUAAUAAUAAUCUGAAAGUAAGGUCUGUUUUUGCAAAAAUAUAAUUUUUGUACCUCUAAAAUGACUAUGAAUGUGGAAGCCUAUGAGGCGUGCUGAUUUUGGCAGCAUGUAAAGCGUGGUGUUUAUUAAGGUUGAGCGAGUUACUAAGUUUGCUAAAUAUUUUGCCUCUAUUUGCAGAGGUUGGUAAAUGACAUUUUGGUACCCAGAAUUUUUCUCUUUAUUGUUAUUCUGUAAGCUUUUUUCCUGCAGUUACCAGUUUCUUGCUAAAAAUUUGAUUACGUUAUCUAAUAUUGACUUACGUUAUUGAAUGUAAAUUUAUUUUUGCCUUUGUAAACAGGAGCUGUAAAGCACACCAUUGAAGAGCCGGCAAAGGAGAGAAGCCACGACAAAAUGGUGAAGCAUAUGAAAAAGGCAGCACUGCUAUGCACGGCUGUGAAGGGCGUGAAAGGUCCCACACCCUUAAUGAACCUUCCAAAUUUUAAUCUAGUUUGGGGGUUCACCCCCGAUUACAUGCACUGUGUGCUGCUUGGUGUCACACGGCAAAUCACUGAAUUGUACUUGUCGAAAGUAGGCGAGAAAUUUUAUAUUGGUGAUCCAAGCCACCUGAACUUGCUCAAUGAGCGACUUUGCAGUAUGAAGCCACCUGCCCAUUUUCACCGGCUGCAACGCUCACUUUCAUUAAGAAGGUUCUGGAAGGCGAGUGAGUGGCAACAAUGGCUGCUGUUCUUUGCAAUGCCAUGUAUGGAUGGAGUCUUGGAUGCCAAGUAUUUAAACCACUUCGCUUUACUCGUUAGAGGUGUCUCACUGCUCCUUCAAGAUACAGUCAGUAGUGAAGAUGUUGCUGCAAGUACAGAUUCUCUGGUGAAGUUUGUAGUUGAUGUUCAAUUCCUUUUUGGUGAAGCAGAAAUGACAUAUAAUGUGCAUCAACUUCUGCAUUUGCCUAAAAGUGUCGCACAGCAGGGCCCACUUUGGGCACACUCAUGCUUUGCAUUCGAGUCAAACCUUGGACAAAUAAAGGAACUUGUAACAUCUGCGAAAGGUGUUCCCCUCCAAAUUGUGGAGCGGCUAAUGAUGAAAAGCUCAUUUGCCAGUCUGAAGGCUUUGGCCAGUGCUAAAGUUCAGACACUCCUGAGCAAGAAUAAUGGCCUGCACCAGGAACGUUUUGGUCCACUUGGCAAGCCACGCGCAGCUCCUCAACCACUUUUGGAGCUUGUCCAAAACAAAAUUGGCCAUAUUGUUAGUGGUCCUGUAGUGGAGCACGAUAGAGUUGCAUUGUCUCGGUACAUUCUUCAUAGUGAGCAGUAUGCAAGGCCGAACAAAACUGACUCCACAGCUGCAAUCACUCCUCUCGGAAAAUGUUUUAAGAUUGCUCAUUUGCUCUCGUUUAAGGAUAUAGUAGGUCGAGUGCGAGUCUUUGCAGUAUCAUACAAAUUUUUAACAAGCACGGCCUAUCGUACUGCACAUAUUAUGAAGGCUGAAAGGGUCUAUUCAAGAAACCUUGUUGAAAUAGAACCUGGUAUUGUUCCAUGUGUCUACAUGGAAGUUGGAUCACAAUUUUUUUUGUAUCGCUUCCUUUCAAGGCUUUGUUUUGAAUUUUUUGUGAAUUUUGUGUAACUUUGCUUUUUACUGAAAGGUUUUUGCUUUACUAGAAUUGUAAAAUAUAUUUUCUUUAAAAAAUUAUACAAUUAUUUCUUGUUCCUGUUUAUGUAGUUAUGACAUUGUAGAAAUUGUUUUGUUACUUUUUCUGCUUAUUUGUACCUGUUUAUUUUUACCUCUCAUUCUAAUUUUUUAUCUACUGCUCAUGACUAGCCUAUCCUGGAGAUAAUGCAGUGAUGUAAGUGUUGCUCCAAAAGACAAAUGCCGCUGCAUGCUGCCCCAAACUGUCAUUUUAGUAACUGCUCUGAAACGGGGCUGGGAAAUUCGAUCUCAUACUGAUUACCAACUACUGCUGUGGCUACUGUGAUAUGUGACUGAUUAUAUUUACAUUGUGAUGCUUAGCUUUACCAGUUUGAUCUCAUUUGUGCCACAAGUACUGGCAUUUUAAAUAUAUAGCU